AUGGAGAGUUUUGGGGCAAGUCUGGGGCGCCUCACUGCCACUGGGAUGAGAGCCCGUGUUUACUGUGAAGACUUUCUGUUCCCAAAGGUGCACAGAACUAUGGCAGACCUGUGGUGGAUUUACUCCAAACCUGUCCCAGCAGAUGGCAGAGAGCUAUGGACCUUGUUUCUGCAGUGUUCCUGCAUUACAGCAGUGAUAGGAGGCCUCUUUUACAACUGGAUGUUUGCUUCCCUGGAGUACUCCUGGCACCUCUCCGUUGCCAUGGCCAUCUCCUUCAGCCUGCUCCUUCUCCUGACUCUCCUUUUGGUGCAUCCUGCCCGUUGUGUCUUCAGCAUGAUCAUGCCCACGUUAGGCACCAAGCAGGGCCGGAAGCUUCUCUUCUCGACCUGCAUCAUGAUCGCAGUGGUGAACAUAACACCCAACAUCAUAAGCAACAUUAAAACCAUACUGCAGGUCAUUCAGUGCAUCUGCAAGAAUUCCUCUGACAGCCUUCUGAACUCAACUGCCCUGCUAGAGAAAGUUUCCUGGGAGUUUGGGGAUGCAGUCCAAGAAGCCAUUCCUUCCAUGUAUAAGCCUAUGAAUGGACAUUUUCGCUUUUCAUUACUUCAGAACAGCUCCUUGAUUUACCAAAAAAUGCACCUCACUGGUGAGAAAAUUAGCAGAGAGUUCUUGUCUGUUGAGGUACUGGUCAAAGACUCUGUACGAGUAGCCAACAGACUGGCUGCUGGUUUCUUCAUGCUCUAUCUCUGUUUUGAGUCCAGCUGGUAUUUGAAAAAUUAUCUCACCAACCUCCGCUUUGACAAUUUUUACAUCACCAAGAAGCUGGAACGUUUAGCCGUGGACAGAAGGGCAGCUCAUCUCCUGGUGGGCUCAUCCAAAAAACUCAUCCGACCAACAGGCUUGAAGCUGUCCAGGGAAGAAGUGGUGCUGUGCCUCGUGCAAGCCAUGCUGGUCACGGUGGCCCUGAUGCUGAUGCUGGUGGUGGUGGCCAUGGACCACUUUGCGUUCAGCGUGGCAGACACGGCGGUGAGAAAGGCAGCUCAGUUCCCUGCCGUGCCCGUCGCUCUCAGCAUCAAAUACAAGGUUGAAGUAGGGAUCCUGCCCUUUCUAUUCAAAAUUUUCUGGCGUCCUUCUGAGGCAUUACUGCUCAGGGACUUCAACAGGACCUACCAGCAUCACCUGAUCUUCAGCUCUGCCCACUGCAGGAUCAGCCCCCCCAGGCCUCCCAACCCCUCUGUGCUGCUCGUUGUGGGGCUGCUCUUCUGCAUCCUCUACACCACCGUGUUCCUGGAAACCUACGCACGGCGCCUGUGCCGGAGAAUCGCCGCCUCCUUCUUCCAGAGCUGGGAGGAGAAGAGAGUGCUUCACCUCUACAGGAAACUGUCCCGGAGGCACAGGAAGGAGCAAAACUCUGUGAAGGGUGCUUUGGGAAGUCAGGGGGAUGUCUGA